UUCAACAAAGCUCUGAGUGCAUUAGGCAAGUCAUGUGCGAAAGUCCCACAGAAAAUUCAGGUUGAGAUUUUUUCCAGAGCAAAUGGUUGUAAAUUGAAACUUGCUUUUAUUAAUUUUAUAAUCCAUUUCUACAAAAAAAGACUUCAGCUCUGAGCAUGGCUUGUGGCGUUUUAGUGUAUGUUCUACUUUGUUUCAGUCUCCUGCUUUUAACCAUUAAGUCGGCAGAAAUAUUUAUCCAGGUUCCAGUUUCUGAUAGGGAGGCAAACCUGGCUGUAGAUUAUGCUGUGAAUGCUUACAACAGAAAGUCUGCCAAUCCUUACCUCUUCAAGCAGCAGCAACUAAAAAGUGCGAAGUAUAAGAUCACUUCUCCAGGGGUGAAAGCAUACACUGUGAUAUUUGAUAUUAAGGAAAGUGUUUGUCAAGAACAAGUGGAACUGAGAACAUGCCGUUUUAAAUCUGACGGUGAUGCUGUUGAGGGUGUGUGCAAAGCAGAAAUCUUUUUUCAAUUUGGGUUCCACAUUAAAGUGCCCAAGACACCUAUGUGUGAUCUACGAAUGCCCAUCAAAAAAGUGGUGGAGACCAUUGCUAUUCCUUGUGAAGAUUGUCCAGUUUCUGCAAGCCUUGACAAUCCCAUGGUGAAAGCAUCAGUGGAAUUGGCAUUGGAAAUCUUCAAUUAUGAAAAUAAAAAGAAAAGGACAUUUGCGCUUAACAAGAUUUUAUAUGCAAUAAAAGAGGUGGUGAUGGGAGAGAUAUACUGGGUGCACUUCCGAAUUCGGGAAACAGAAUGUGGAGAAAACAAAAAAAAGCACUGGUCAGACUGUCCACUUAAAGCAAUCGAUGAAGCAAUAAUCGGAGAUUGCCGUGCAGAAGUUUUGUUUCCAAUUGGUGAUACAACAGGUCAGAUAAGAGGAAUUCCCAAAUGCCAGCUGAUCCAACUGAUUAUGGAUGAAGAUGUUAGUUCGGUGCCAUGUAUUGAUUGCUUACGACCUCUGAAGGUUACUGACCCAAGAGUGCACAAGGUUGUGGAGCAUUCCAUUUCUAAAUUCAAUGACAACAGCGGGCAGCUUUACAAAUUUGUUUUGGCUCGAGUUCUCUGGGCAGUACAUGAGAACUCCAUCGGGGAGAACAUUACUCUGAAUUUCGAGCUUAUUGAAACAACCUGUCCUAACAAUAAUGAGACUGUACCAGACAUGUGUGGUCCAAAGAUCCCUGCAACAGCAGGUUCUGCUGUCUGUUUCACCGUGCAGACCUAUGGCAUCUUUGGAAAACUAGUCUACCACAAGUUAACGUGCAACAUGACGAUAGAUUGGAAACUCUAUAUACUCAAUUACACGGAAGUCUUCUGGAAUGAAGCUGAUUACUUGAAGGAGCUGCAGCCUGAGGAGUCCACAGUGUCUGAAUUUACAAUCAAAACUUCUGUUGAACCAACUCCGCUUCCUGCUGGACCUCAAAGCUCAGAAGUACCCGUGAUCAUGCUGGAAGAAUCUAGGCCCACAGUGGCAGGUGAAAUCACUGGUUCUGAACUAGUAGAUGAGUAAGAACAGAAGGCAUGGAAAGAAGAUUGAAAGAUUUUGUCUAAUUUUCAAACAAAUCUUUUGGUUAGUUUGGUUACACUCACAGAUCAAUGAAAUAACUUGCUCCAAGUGCCAUGGCGAUCCUUCUUUUUCUGAAAAUGUACAAUAAAAUAAUAUGGAAAUACACAAUAAAUUGUUGUAUCUGGAAA